UCUCUCUCUCUCGUCACGGCGACACGCCAUCCCGCUCGCCGCCGCCGGGGAGGGAGGGAGGGAGCGUGCGAGGCCGGGGGCGCCCGGGCUCCUUUCCGUUCCGCUCCCCUUCUACUACCCGGCCACGUCGGCCCCGAGCAGGUUCCUAGAAUCUCUACUUCUCUAGAGUGCACUUAUGGCCUCAGUUACUUAUAUUGAUGAUUCCAGUUCUGAGGUAAUUGAUCCUCCAAAGACUGAGGUGCUUGAUGUUACUGAACUUGCUGGUGAUCCCGUUCCGCAUUCACCAAAACCAAAUGUGGUAGUUUCUAGCAGUGUACGUGAACUGCUGGAAUGCCCCGUCUGCCUGAGUGCAAUGUAUCCUCCCAUUCAUCAGUGCUCUAAUGGUCAUACGUUGUGCUCUGGAUGCAAACCAAGGGUUCACAAUCGCUGUCCAACUUGUAGGCAUGAACUGGGUAAUAUUAGGUGCCUUGCUCUUGAGAAGGUUGCUGCGUCUCUUGAACUUCCAUGCAAAUACCAGAACUUUGGAUGUUCAGGCAUUUAUCCUUACUACUGCAAGCUGAAGCAUGAGUUGCAGUGCCAAUAUAGGCCUUAUAGUUGUCCAUAUGCGGGAUCUGAAUGCACGGUUGCUGGGGACAUUCCAUACUUAGUUAAUCACUUGAAAGAUGAUCACAAGGUUGACAUGCACAAUGGCUGCACCUUCAACCAUCGCUAUGUCAAGUCGAAUCCUCAUGAAGUUGAGAAUGCCACCUGGAUGCUUACGGUUUUCAGCUGCUUUGGCCAAUACUUCUGCCUACAUUUUGAAGCAUUUCAGCUUGGAAUGGCACCUGUGUACAUCGCCUUCCUGAGGUUCAUGGGUGAUGAUUUGGAAGCAAAGAACUACAGCUACAGCCUGGAGGUAGGAGGUACUGGCCGCAAAAUGAUCUGGCAAGGGGUGCCCCGGAGCAUCAGAGACAGCCACCGGAAGGUCCGGGAUAGCUAUGAUGGGCUUAUCAUCCAGCGGAACAUGGCCUUGUUCUUCUCUGGUGGAGAAAGGAAGGAACUCAAAUUGCGGGUCACAGGGAGAAUUUGGAAGGAACAGUGAAAAUUGCGAAAUGAUCUGUUUCAUCGUUUUUUUACCCUAGCAUGAACCUAUGUAUUACAUUGCAAGAACCAUAUCCAUUCAUAGGCUGUGACGUGACUCGAAAGCCAAGGACUUGUACUAUAUUAUUAGCUUUGUUUUAGCUAUCAUCUCCAGUUAGAUUGGUGCCUGUGGAUGGCUUGAUGAGUGUCAUGCAAAGCAGGGUGGUAGUGUUGUAGAUUUCAUGGCAAUCUUCUCUUUGCCUUGAACUGCUUAAGAGUUGCCAUUCUGUCGUAUAGGGAAAUUUAAUGGCAACUUAUGA